AUGUCGAAGCGAGUGACAGGGUCUUGUUCAUCGGGACUACAUUGGCAACGUAUUCUGCAUUUCGGUGAAGACCUACUCGUUAUGCCGAUGUGUGGUCCCAGGUUACUCAAACAUGCCAUCGAACUGAAUAAACCAACCAUGUUACUCAACUUGGGACCAACUCGUGCUCAUGGUGUGCCGGAAGUAGAUAUCGUUGAGGCUGCAAGUAGCGAUGUGCUUCGCGCUGCAACUCGGACAUUGGCAAAAGACCUAAAGGGGGAAGCAGGGCGGGUGGUUAACAGGUUGUUGGAAAGUGGUGUGGUGACACCACCGCCAGACGACAUGGAGGACAGAGCGCCUCGCGCAGCGGGAUAG